AUGGUGAAGUCGAGGUUUUUGACGAACCCCCAUGACUUGGGGGUCGUCGCAGUCGGAUUUUCCGGCGGUCAAGGCAAAGCCGGCGUCGACGACGGUCCCGUAGCCCUCAUCGACUCGGGAUUAAUCAACCAGCUCCGCAACGAGCUCGGGUACAGGAUACACGGCGACGAGGAAGUGGAAGUGCAGCUCUACAAGGACAUUGUGCUCGCCGACGACCCGCCGUUCCGCAACAUGCUCAACCCGCGCAGCGUCUCCGCGGUGACGGCCAAGAUCGCCGACGACGUGUACUCGCACGCGCGGGAGGGCCGCAUGGUCCUGACGCUAGGCGGCGACCACAGCAUCGCCGUGGGCACGAUUGCGGGCACGGCGCGGGCAACGAGCGACAGCGGCAACAUCCACGGCAUGCCCGUUGCGUUUGUGUCGGGGCUCGCGCGGGAGGAGAGGCCGGAUAUCUUUGGCUGGCUCAAGGAGCACCAUAUGCUGAGCUUGAAGAAGCUGGUGUAUAUUGGGCUGCGCGACGUGGAUGUGGCGGAGAAGAGGAUUCUGCGGGAGAAUGGCAUCAAGGCGUUUAGCAUGUUUGACAUUGACAGGCACGGUAUUGGCCGGGUCGUCGAAAUGGCUCUCGCGCACAUUGGCAACGACACCCCGAUCCACCUCUCGUUCGACGUCGACGCGCUCGACCCCAUGUGGGCCCCUCGACCGGCACGCCCGUCCGCGGCGGCUUGA